AUGGCAGACUUAUCGUGGGAUAUCCAGACAGUCAGUGAAGAAUGGCUGGUUGGAUUCUGCGACAGGCUCGUGAAAGAGGAUAAAAUAAUCGGAGGCUGCUUUGGAGGGGAUAGAGUAGUCAAACUCUCGGACACUAUAGUAGCGAAAUUUGGAAUCGGUGUCAUCGCUUCUGAGGCAGAAACUCAGAGAUUUGCAUGUCGAAAUGUCGAUUCGAAAAUGGUUCAUAUUCCCCAAGUUUACCGCUACUUCAACUGGAAAGAUUUUGGCUACUUGUUCAUGCAAUAUGUGCCUGGUCGACAGUUAGAUGAGCUCGAUCUUGAUGAAUACACCGAUAUCAUUCCCCGCGUUGCUAAAAUUAUCGAGCAUCUUGGAACGAUUCAGAGCGGGCAAAGUCCAGGUCCCAUAGGCGGGGGUCAACCACAAGGUUAUCUUUGGGGUGAUAACGGUGCGGGGACAAACUUUACCGCCAUAUCAGACUUGGAAGCUUGGCUGAACAAACGUUUGGCAAUACGUGGUAAAUCUAUCGAUUUGACCUCACAUCCACUUGUUCUGUGUCAUAUGGAUUUAUGUCGACGCAAUAUGAUUCUGAGAGACGACAAUACGAUUAGUCUCGUUGAUUGGGGUUGCUCCGGACUGUACCCUCGACAUUUCGAAUUUGCAAAUCUAUCUUUCAUGAUGCCGUAUGAUGAAAGCUACGAAAAGCCAUUGAUACAAGCUACGGCCAGUUUGCUUAGUUGGACAGACGACGAUAGAGACGUGAUUAGUCUCUUAAAGCUUGCUCGUGCUGUUGCCUUGCGAUACUCACUGGACGAUGAAAACAAAUAUGGCAUGCCAAAGAGUCUAAAUUCUUGGUGUCCACCGCCCAUGCUGAGCCGAUCGCCCAGCCCGUCAUGA